AUGGCGGAGCCUCAGGUCAAGGCCGACCCGGAGGCAUCACCGGGACCCGUGGGCACGCCCGCCGAUGAGGAGGAUCUCUACGAAGAUGCUGGCGACCUCGAGUUUUACAACAGGGCCCCGGGCACCAAUAACGAGACGCUGUACCUUACGCGUGUCCCGCAGUACGUGUGGGAGUCGUGGAUGAAGAUGACGGAGCGCCUGGGUGACGACGAUGAGAUCAGAAUCGGCACUCUUCGCACGUGGAACGAGACGAAGCCUGACGGAUCAGCUACGACGAAGCUGCGCAUGCUCCUACAGGCAGAGCAGCCCGAGCACCAGGGCAUCCCCAAGGAAUACAACAUCGAGCUGGUCGACGGCGACGUCAAGAACCACUUCAUCUUUAGCGAGCAGGACCUUCCCGGCUUCAAGGCCAAGAACAAGGCACGCGCCGAGGCGGGCGGCAACCAGUCAUCUUUUCAGCGAAUGCGGGACGGCCGCGCCGAAAAGUCUGGCUACGAUAGAAGGAGCGGUGGUCGCUACCAGCCGUACUACCGCAAGGCCAUCCCGAAAAAGACAAAACUGUACGGCAAGAUUCACUACGAAGUGCGGGCAGAACCGACGGAUAGGGACGAGGAGAACCGCCUGGUCGGACAGAAAAUCUACGAGAUGGAGCAUGGGCGCCCCGGCCUCCAGAUCAUCAGUCGCAACAAGGCGUCGGUCAUCACCAACCCUGGAACGACUACAUCAGCCAACUGGGGCAGCAACUUUAUCAAAAACGCUCCUGCACAGGCCAAGCCCAAGAAGGGUGAGACCAUCAAGGCCGCUCGCAUCCCCAAGGACCAGCUCCUGGAUCUCAUCUUCGACUGUUUCCGCCAGUUCCAGUACUGGCCCAUGAAAGCGCUGCGUCAGAAGACCCAGCAGCCCGAUGCAUACCUGCGCCAGGUGCUGGAAGAGGUGGCUGUGCUGAUCAAGAGCGGGCGCUUUGCCAACAACUAUGCUUUGAGCGACGCAUAUAAGGAUAUGCAGGGUGCUGAGGCCAAGGAGGAGGCCGCGGCUGCAGCGGCCGACGACGACGACGAGGAUGAGGAGAUGGAGGAUGUUCUUCCGUCGUGA